AUGAUUGUGCUGAGAGCACAUAGCCGAGGAGAGGUUGAUCCUGAAAAUGUGGAUGCUGACACUAUUGAUAAAGAAAUAGAACUCGGGUCAAGGCUAGUGGUUCUGCUUCAAAAUAAGGAGAACUAUAAGGAUCUAUCCUUGGAGGAUCUAUUGAAAUCCACCAACAAUUUUGACCAGGCAAAUAUAAUUGGUUGUGGGGGUUUUGGUCUAGUUUACAGAGCUACCCUCCCUGAUGGAAGGAAGCUUGCAAUCAAACGUCUCUCUGGUGACUGUGGUCAGAUGGACAGGGAAUUCCGUGCUGAAGUAGAAGCCCUGUCAAGAGCUCAGCAUCCAAAUCUUGUGCAUCUCCAAGGUUAUUGCAUGUUCAAAAAUGACAAACUUUUGAUAUACUCUUACAUGGAAAACAGCAGUUUGGAUUAUUGGUUGCAUGAAAAACUCGAUGGGCCAUCCUCACUAGACUGGGAUACAAGGCUUCAAAUUGCUCAAGGGGCUGCAAGGGGUCUUGCAUAUUUGCACCAAGCAUGUGAGCCACAUAUCCUUCACCGGGAUAUAAAGUCUAGUAACAUCCUUUUAGACGAGAAUUUUAAAGCUCAUUUAGCUGAUUUUGGUCUUGCACGGCUCAUACUACCUUAUGAUACCCAUGUCACAACUGAUCUCGUGGGGACAUUAGGCUACAUUCCUCCUGAAUAUGGCCAAGCUGCUGUUGCUACCUACAAGGGGGAUGUUUAUAGUUUUGGGGUGGUUCUUUUGGAGCUUCUUACUGGGAAAAGGCCCAUGGAUAUGUGCAAACCAAAAGGGUCGCGGGAUUUGAUCUCUUGGGUGAUUGAGAUGAAGAAGGAAAAUAGAGAAAGCGAGGUUUUUGAUCCAUUCAUUUAUGACAAGCAGAAUGAUAAUGAAAUGCUACGAGUUCUCGAGAUUGCAUGCCUUUGCUUAAGCGAAUACCCAAAACUAAGGCCCUCAACAGAGCAGUUAGUUUCUUGGCUUGACAACAUCGACACCAUCGCCUAA